AGGUUUUACUACUUACGUAUAAAAUACUACACGGUCUAGCUCCAUCCUGUCUUGCCGAUUGUAUUGUACCAUAUGUCCCGGCAAGAAAUCUGCGUUCAAAAGACUCCGGCUUAUUAGUGAUUCCUAGAGCCCAAAAAAAGUCUGCGGGCUAUAGAGCGUUUUCCGUUCGGGCUCCAGUACUCUGGAAUGCCCUCCCGGUAACAGUUCGAGAUGCUACCUCAGUAGAAGCAUUUAAGUCUCACCUUAAAACUCAUUUGUAUACUCUAGCCUUUAAAUAGACUCCCUUUUUAGACCAGUUGAUCUGCCGUUUCUUUUCUUUCUCCUAUGUCCCCCCCUCCCUUGUGGAGGGGGUCCGGUCCGAUGACCAUGGAUGAAGUACUGGCUGUCCAGAGUCGAGACCCAGGAUGGACCGCUCGUCGGGACCCAGGAUGGACCGCUCGCCUGUAUCGGUUGGGGACGUCUCUACGCUGCUGAUCCGCUUGAGAUGGUUUCCUGUGGACGGGACUCUCGCUGCUGUCUUGGAUCCGCUUGAACUGAACUCUCGCGGCUGUGUUGGAGCCACUAUGGAUUGAACUUUCACAGUAUCAUGUUAGACCCGCUCGACAUCCAUUGCUUUCGGUCCCCUAGAGGGGGGGGGGUUGCCCACAUCUGAGGUCCUCUCCAAGGUUUCUCAUAGUCAGCAUUGUCACUGGCGUCCCACUGGAUGUGAAUUCUCCCUGCCCACUGGGUGUGAGUUUUCCUUGCCCUUUUGUGGGUUCUUCCGAGGAUGUUGUAGUCGUAAUGAUUUGUGCAGUCCUUUGAGACAUUUGGGAUUUGGGGCUAUAUAAAUAAACAUUGAUUGAUUGAUUGAUUUGUUUUCGCCCUCUUUUUGUGCUUUAUCCUUUCCAUCCUUUGUAACUGAGCCACUGUGUGGAACAAUUUCCUUGGUGGAUGGUUAAAGUUUGUCUAAGUCUAAGUCUAACUGGCCCCCAAUGUUAUCAAAAAUACGGCCGUGAAUAUUCGGGCCACACACGGUUCGAUUCAAUUCGAUUUUCGGGGUUAACGAUUCGAUUCAGAGGAUGCAGAUGUUAUUUUUCUUGCCUUCACUGAAGUGUCGCUGCAUCCGUUGUCACGUGAUCCACCUCCAUGCAGGUGGUGGGCAUCUUGAAACGAGGUCGGCGCCCAAAGCGCGCAGGUCGGUCUUUGUUUGGCUCCAUUCACAAGUGACGCCUGCCUGCUCAGCGUUUUGCACACAAAGCCGGUCGCCUCCGCCUGGAACAACAACACGGUCGCACUGUGAACGCCGACAUCCACGCCAUUGCAUCGGAAGACACUUUUCUUUUGACAAAACAGACGUCCCACAGUCCACUCUUGGAGGCGGGUGAAGGUUCGACAUGAAGAUGUUGCCAUGGCAUCCCGUCAUAGGCUGAUGAAGUGUGACAGUGAGACCGUGUCAGUGACAAACAUGGCUGCCAACCAACCACAACCUCAGGACUUUGUAGACUCUGAUCCAGAAGACUUGUCAGGGGAGCUGGUCCAGGCCGUGUGUCUUGAAUCGGACCUGCAGGACGGACAGAUGCUGGAGGUGGAGGUGGGUCACCACAGUGUUCUGCUGACCCGCACCGAGGGUCAGUACAGCGCCAUCGGGAACCAGUGCACACACUACGGCGCUCCUCUUAGCAAAGGCGUGAUUUCGGGGAACCGUGUGCGCUGCCCGUGGCAUGGCGCCUGCUUUAAUGUGCACACUGGAGAUGUGGAGGAGUUUCCCGGAAUGGACGGUUUACCCUGCCACAAGGUGAUGAUCCACAACAACAAAGUUUACGUGUCAGUCAACAAAAAGACAUUAGAGCAGCAGAGAAGAAUGAAAAAGAUGGGGGCUGCGGUGUCAGGGGUCACUCACACCGUGCUGCUGCUCGGGGGAGGUGUGGCGUCGCUGAUCUGCGCGGAGACAUUACGCCAGGAGAACUUUGGGGGAAGAAUCGUCAUGGUAACCAGAGACGAGCUUCUGCCUUAUGACAAGACGCGACUCAGCAAGGUGAUGAACGUGGACAGUGAGAGCAUCUUGUUGAGGAGGAUGGACUUUUACCACAAAUACGACAUCGAAGUCCAGCUCAGGAAGGAAGCGCUGUCUGUGGACACGGACAAGAAGACGGUGACGUUUGACGACGGCUCUGUGCAGCGCUACGAUCAGCUGCUCAUCGCCACGGGCUGCAGAGCUAAAGGUCUGGAUGUCUCCGGCAUGGGGUUGGACAACAUCAAGAAGUUGGAGACGCCGGAGGACGCGCGUCAGAUCCACACCUCCUGUCUGGGUUGUGACGUGGUCGUCGUGGGGACAUCCUUUGUUGGCAUGGAGGUGGCGUCCUAUUUGGUGGACAAGGCUUCCAGCAUCACGGUGGUCGGCAGCAGCGAGCUGCCCUACCAGAACACGCUGGGACCCGAGAUCGGCCGAGUCACCAUGACGAUGUUGGCCGAGAAGAACGUGAGCUUCUACAUGAACGACAACAUCAGCGAGGUGCGGGGCGUGCACGGAAAGGUCAACCAGGUGGUGCUGAGGAGCGGAAAGGUCGUCCGGGUGGACAUUCUGAUCGUGGCUAUCGGCACCGUCCCCAACUCGGAGUUCCUGCGAGGAAGUCCCAUCAAGUUGGACUCCAGGAAGUUCGUUCAUGUGGACAAGCACAUGCGUACCAACGUGGACGGCGUGUUCUGCGGGGGCGACGUGGCCACCUUCCCCCUGACCAUGGCGAAGGACCGACGCGUCAACAUUGGACACUGGCAGAUGGCGCAGGCGCAUGGUGAUGAGCAACGGAGGACAGCUGCUCUCAACAUGCUAAAGCAAGACUCUCCUGUCAACUCUGUCCCGUUCUACUGGACCGUGGUGCUGGGGAAGACUAUCCGCUACGCAGGCUACGGGGAAGGAUACACUGAAAUAGUCAUGAAGGGAAACUUUGAGGACAGGAAGUUCCUCGCCUUGUACAUAAAGGACGAUGAGGUCAUAGCGGCGGCCAGCUUGAACUAUGACCCGGCGGUGUCUGCAGUGGCCGAGAGACUGGUUUCAGGACGAGUCAUUACCAGGGACGAAGCUCUAUCUGACGACCUGAGCUGGCUGCAGUUGUCCUGACGGAGGCACCUCACCAGGUUUUCGCCAGGUGGACUCAGGUCCCGCACGGACUGGAUGGAGACUGAAAAGACACAAGCGCGCAAACAACACAUACCUCACCUUUGUACAACUUUGUGGUCGCACAUCUUUGUGGAACGUUCCACUUCAGGGACGGAGGUCGUCACUUUUGUCUCCGAGUUAGUCCUCUUUUUUUUUUUAAAACCUAACACACUUUUUAACUGCACGCUCCUUCCCCAACACUCACCGCUCAGGUGCUCUUUAGGAGGGCGGGGUCAGAGAUGUGUAGAAGACAACUCUUUGUAUGAUUGAAGGUCCUCAAGUCAUUUCAUUUUAUUGUCCAAUUAUUAUUAGUAUUUUUAAUGCUGACUAACAAAAAGGCCACAUUUUUUUUUUUAUUGGAUUUGAUUCCAUUCGAAUCGGUUGUUAGGACGCACCGCCUAACUGGAUCCAGUUUUACAAAAUCACUUCUGUUGACACUAUUAUUAGGUUUGUAUAUGAACAAUUACUUCAAAAAUAUGAUUAGCUUGAAUUAAUUAAUCCCAGACAUAUAGAAAUAGAUGUUCCUGAAUAUUUAAGGUUGUUAAAAAUAAAAUGUUGACUAUGAAACUCCCCUGCUUUGUUCCCAAUCAAAGUAAUGAUGUAUUUAAUUAUCAAUAAAACAG